UAUUUUCAGCGUCCACGCAGCCCCGAGAGUCCUCGGUACCGAGACGCGGCUGGCCCACUGCUCUUCGCACCGCGGACCAAGGGAGGGACGACCCACUUCCUGAAUCGCUGUCAAACCCUGUGCCGGAGCUUGCGCUGCGCCACCAUGUCGGGGAGGUCAGCCCGGAGCCUGGGGAAAGGCAGCGAGCCCCCAGGGCCGGUCCCGGAGGGCCUGAUCCGCGUCUACAGCAUGAGGUUCUGCCCGUUCGCGCAAAGGACGCUCCUGGUCCUGAAUGCCAAGGGAAUCCGGCAUGAAGUCAUCAACAUCAACCUGAAAAAUAAGCCUGAGUGGUUCUUUACGAAGAAUCCCCUUGGUCUGGUACCAGUUCUGGAAAACAGUCAGGGCCAGCUGAUCUAUGAAUCUACCAUCACUUGUGAGUACCUGGAUGAAGUAUAUCCAGGGAAGAAGCUGUUACCAGAUGACCCCUAUGAGAAAGCUCGCCAAAAGAUGGACUUUGAGUUAUUUUCUAAGGUACCACCUUUGAUGAUAAGCACUUUUAGAAGCCAAAAUAAGGAAGAGUGCUCUGGUGUCAAAGAAGAACUGUGUAAAGAACUCAGCAAGCUAGAGGAGGUUCUGACCAACAGGAAGACAGCUUUCUUUGGUGGCAAUUCUGUGUCUAUGAUUGAUUACCUCAUCUGGCCCUGGAUGGAACGGCUGGAAGCAAUGGAGUUAUCUGAGUGUGUAGACCACACUCCAAAACUUAAGCUCUGGAUAGCAGCCAUGUUGGAGGAUCCUGCAGUAUCCGCCGUCCACAUGGAUGCCAAGGCCUUCCAGGGUUUCUUUAAACUCUAUUUGCAGGGCAGCCUCGAGGCCUAUGACUACGGGCUCUGAUAGGGGCAGGUGUCAGCAAUGAUCUGUCUCAUCUUCACUAGAAGAUCCUUAACUAGAUAUGAAGAAUAACAUGCUUCUGUCUCACCAAGUGUUCUCCCGUCUGUCUCACUGGAUCACAUUCUCUGACUGAUUUGACAUGGCCUGACUGUAGGGUCCCCUCAAAGCCUCCUGCAUUUACAUUUCCAGACUCGGAGUGUUCAGUGACUCUAAGGGUUCAGCUAUCACAGUCUACGCAGAAAAUCUUCAAAUCAGCUCUAGCUAGAUCUGGCCUCCAAUCUAGACUUCUGACAGCCCCAAAGACAUUCCACUUGGAUACCCUUUGAGAGAUGUCCUCAAAUUUCUUUUCUUUGAGCUUCGAAGUCCAGAAGUUUUCAGCUCCUCAUUCUAUCACUGACUUAAUUUUACCCCUUUCUAUUCCCAUUGUAACCACUGAAAAUCAGGCCUACAUCACCUCAAAGUUAGGUAACUGGGUGGUUCCCUCCUUGGUCCCCUAGUCUUCAGUCUCUAACUCCUUUCACAUCCUUCCUCCCAAGCCCCAGGCUGUGCACAAGGCAGGUCUCCCAUCCAAAACCAACAGGCAAACCAGCUGGCAUUGAGUUGAUUCCGACUCAUGGUGAGCCCAUGUGUUGCAAAGUAGAGCUGCACUCCAUACGGUUUUCAAGGCUGUGACCUUUUGGAAGUAGAUUGCCAGAACUUUCAAGGUGCUUCUGGAUGGGCUGGAGCUGCCAAACUUCCCUUAAACAUUUGAGCCACCCAGGGACUUCCCGUGUCCCGUGUCCAUAAUUAAAUACUAUUACGAUCACAGCCAAUCCAGUGUAGAAGACUGGAUAAGUAAACAAGAUUACAGGCUUGGAAACCCCAUGGGGCAGCUCUACUAUGUCCUAUUGGGUAGCUAUGAGUUAGAAUCGAUUCCAUGGCAAUGGAUGUGGGUAAAGUAUCCCCACUCAAAGUUAUGCCGUCUUCCAUACAUUUCCAUAGUCUAUUGGGCUUUUGGAAACCAUGGUGGUGUAGUGGUUAAGUGCUAGGGCUGCUAACCAAAGGGUUGGCAGUUCAGAUCUGCCAGGUCCUCCUGGGAAACUCUACCGGGCAGUUCUACUCUGUGCUAUAGGGUCGCUAUGAGUAGGAAUCAACUUGACGGCACUGGGUUUGGUUUUUUUAUUGGGUUUUUACCAUUUUUGUCAUCACAUCAUUUCCAUGAGAAUAAGGUAGGCUGGAGAGCAUCAACUCAUUCUACAGACGAUGCAAACAAGGCUGAAACUUGGAGAUGCUUAUACAAAGACAUGGAAAACAGCCGGUACGCACGCACCUCUUACAUCGAAAUUAAGGCGGCUGUCCACCCACCCCACUAUGGUCUGGUUUCCUGUACUUACUUUUGCAAAGUAUGUCAGUGAGGAAAACCUCUGGAUGGUUAAUUCUACAUUGAAGUGUGUAUAAAUAUCACUUAGGGCUCACCGUUGGAUUUCUGACUCAGUAUGUCUGGGGUGGUCUGAGAAGUCUGUAUUUGAAAUGAGGCCCCACGCUAAUGCAGGCGCCUGGGGGCCGCACCCUGACAGGCUGUUGUGAAAAGGUUGACUUCACAAACGGCCUCCUGCCGCCCACCCACCCUCAGCCGCCAACGACGCCCAGGCUCCAGGCGGACCCAUCUCUGUCGCCAUCCGCCCUCACACCCUACAGGCCCCGGCUGAGACCCGAGGCCACCCUCCGGGCGAGUUUGCACUCGGAUGUGAUUCCCGGUACUGCAGGGCUACGGCCGACCACUACGGAUCUUCCACUUCCGCCCGCCGCCGACACCGGCGGGUACCCACGAUUCCGGUAUCCGGGAGCCUAUAACGCGGCCAUCCAUUGGCUCAGCUCGGCCUGGGAGCUUCCAAGAUCUUUAGGGAUUGGCUGAAGUUCUGGGCGCCGGGGCCAGUCGGGGGGUAAGAUCGGUUUCGCAGGGGCGGGCCCUUCCGUUGCCGCCGUCGCCGCGCCGAACGCUGACGCUGCUGGCGCGUCUCUAGUUUCGCCUCCCCUGGGGCGCAGUCCGGUCUGCGUAGUAUUUGAAAGGAAGAGGAGUUGGAGGUCAAUUUUAAACCUUAGGGUUUUAACGAAUUUCGAAUUUUGGAUAGUAUUGCAAACUUUUUACUGUUGCCUGGAAUGUUAAAAGAAAGCGCAACUACUUUAGCAACCUUUCUUAAAAGAUUUUAAACAUCAAAAAGGUAGAAGAACAUUGGAAAAAAAAAAUAAAAAAAACACAAGUAGGGCUAAAAAAAUGUUGGGGAAAUGGCAGACGGACACAGGAGCCAACUGAAGUAGCUCCAAAGCUGGAACAAUUUGAGCAAAAAUAAUAAUAUUGGAUUAUAAGCCCAAGUAUAAAGCAAAUAUCCAUGAGUCCGUACUGCUAAUAAAUGAUUGAAUAAAUACGAAGAGACGAAUCUCCCAAACAGAAGAAUUUCGAAAAAUUUGUGUAGAUACUCUGCACUCGAGCAGGUGGAGCAUAAUUCCCCACUACUUAAAAUGUAGGCUUUUGCAUAGUGAGGUCUUUACAAAGACUGCAGUAUGGAAAGGGGUGAGGGGGGUGUGUGUAACUUUAUAGUGGAGAAACCUGACAAAUACUACCUCAGCCAGGUGAUCAAGGCCAGUAUCAUCAGUGAUAAGUCGUGUUAAUAGUAUACCCCCUUGAUGUGGCGCUUUACCUCUGUGGUCUUCCUCCCCAUGUUGCCAGUGGAAACUCAGGCUUUGCUUCCCUCAUUGGUCACAGUCGAUAAACAAGAGGCCGAGCUGGGAGAGUAGAAAAACCAAACCCUUUGGGGUCGAGUUUCCAAAGUGCACCUGGCGGAUUCCAACUAAUGACUUUUUGAUUGGUAGCCGUAGCACUUAACCACUACACCACCAGGGUUUCUGGAGAGUAGAAAGGUGCCUUUAUUUUGUUACACAAAGAAAGGAGCAGCAAGGCUGCUGCCUCCAAGACUGCUCACAGGCAGCUUGGGGCAAAAAAAAAAACCCACUGCCGUGGAGUCGAUUCCGACUUACAGCGACUCUAGAGGACAGAGUAGAACUGCCCCAUAGAGUUUCCAGCGAGCACCUGGCGGAUUUGAACUGCAGACCUCUUGGUUGGCAGCCGUAGCAUUUAACCACUACGCCACGCAGCUAGGGGAGGAGGCCUUUUACAGAGCAGACAAGGAAAUGUAAAUUUGUCAUGAAUAUUCAGGAUCAACCUUCAGGGGAGUCUAUUGCUUGGGCAUGACUGUGCAUUUUCUCUACACAACAAACAACAGAAGGGUUCAAUUCUCUGGGGUAGAGGAAGAGGUCGAUUUUCCUUUAUCAGCAUGUUAAGUCUCCACCCAGAGGUGGGGUGCUUGUAUGUAUUUUGCACUUAAGAAGCUAAUAGGUCACUUAAGGAAACACUGGUAGCAUAGUGGUUAAGAGCUACAGCUGCUAACCAAAAGGUCAGCGGUUUAAAUCCAUCAGGCGCUCCUUGGAAACCUAUAGGGCAGUUCUACUCUGUCCUAUAGGGUCACUAUGAGUCGGAUUGACUCGAUGGCAAUGGGUUAGGUCACUUAAUGUGCUAAGAUGGUGUUGAAAACCUGUUAAAAUUGGUUGAUGGCAGCUACGGCCUUUCUGUAGUUACCUGGUCAAGGAUAAUUUCAGAAGAAUGUGGAGCCUGCUCUGCUUGGUGUAGAAGGAUAAGCCAGAGCAGGUGUCUCCUGGAAGGGUUGAGCUCUGAGGCUGCCUGUCUCACCCAUAAUCCGUAACUUCAGUGUAGCCAGGAGGAAAAACAUCAGACAAAGUCCAACUAAGGGUCGUUCUACAAAACCCAUGCCAAUAUUUCCCAUAAUUGCCAAGGCCAUCAAAAACAAGGAAAACCUGAGAAACUUACAUAGUCUAGAGGAGCCUAAGGAGAGGUGACUAAGUGUACUGUGGAAUCCUGGAGCAGAAAAAGGCCAUUAGGUAAAAACUAAGAGAAUUUGAAAAGGUAAGGCUUUAGUGAAUAAUAAUGGAUCAAUAUUAGUUUAUUGUUUGUAACAAUUGUACCGUACAAAUGAUACAGGGAAACUGGGUACGGGUUUAUGGGAACUAUCUGUACUAUUUUUUGUUUUUUAUGUAAAUCUAAAACAGUUAAAAAAAAUAGUUGUUUUUUUUUUUCUUAAAGGUCUAUAAGAAUAAAGAACAGACAGACCUUUAAACCAAAUACCUUUAACUUAAAAAAACAACUCAUUGAAUUGUUUAUUUUUCUGAUUUGUCUGGAAAGAGGUGAAAACCACUCCAGUCCACCAGUUCUCAGCCCUGCAUCAGGCACCACUAGUUUAGUUUAAUGACACCACAUAAUUAGGGUACUGGCAGUCAGGGGAAUUUGGUCCCCGGAAAUUUGCUGUCUUUGUAAAGGCUAUGAAAACUAAUGUUGGAUGCUGGAUACCAGACAUACGCUAAGUAUUAAUGCUUCUCAUCCAGUAUCUGAAUUAAUCCUGGUACCAUUAACUCCAUAGAGAUGAGACCACCAGGGCAUAGAAAGUGGUAAUUUGCCCAAAGUUAUCCAGCUAGUAGGUACUGACAAAGAGAUUGGAAUCCAGCCUGAAUGCUUAGCACUAGAUUACUUUCCAUUCAGCAAUACUAUUCUUUUGUUGUAUUGUUGAAAAUGUACACAGCAAAACAUACACUAAUUCAACAAUCCCUACAUGUACAAUUCGGUGACACUGAUUACAUUCUUCCAGUUGUGCAACCAUUCUCACCCUCCUUUAUGGAAUUACUAUAUUUCUAUGGAAAUAGUGAAAACCUUCUACAUUUGUUUGCCAACCCUGCUCCCCCCGCCACGUAUUUUCAUAAGCACACUAUGCUAAUUUUCUUUACAGCAACAUGUAAAAAUACAGUAUUCCUCCACCAGUAACAUGAACUCACUGCCCCCUAAGUUUCUUUUCUAAACUUUCAAGUUGCUCUUGUUCCUUCUAUCCCAUAUAGAUAGUUCAGGAAGACUGUUCUUGAGAUAAGAGCUUACAUACACUUCUGCCUCAAUCUCUUUUAAUUCAUCAACUCUUACGUUUAGAAAUUGAACCAGGAGAAGAUAGUAUCCAACUUUUUGACCAUACCAACACAAUUAUGCCUGGGAUUUCACAGGACGUGUUGAUGUUAGUUUUCCAAUCUAAAUGUGUUUUGACUUUCCAGAUAUUUGACUUUUGCUAAUUUUAGGAUCUUGAAAAUUUGCCUCUGAUUAUUCAAAUGUUAUAUCGAAAUGUUUUAGUUUUUUUCUUUGAUUCCUCAAGUGUAAAGAGAAAUAGGGAUAGGAAAUUUCAGAAUCAAGGACUUAAAAAAAAAUGUCUUCCUUUGAUCCUGCUUUCCCUAGUUGGGAAGAUGUGCCUCCCCUGACAACUGUGUUGUUGUUCUUAGGUGCUGUUGAGUCAGUUCCAACUCAUGGCGACCCUAUGUACAACAGAAUGAAACACUGCCCUGUCCUGCGCCAUCCUUGCGAUUGUUAUGCCUGAGCCCAUUGUUACAACCACUGUGUCAGUCCGUCCUGGUGAGGGUCUUCCUCUUUUUCUCUGACCCUCUACUUUACCAGUCAUGAUGUCCUUCUUCAGGGACUGAUUCCCUCCUGAUAACAUGGCCAAAGUAUAUGAGAUGAAGUCUUGCCAUCCUUGCUUCUAAGGAGCACUCUGGCUGUACUUCUUCCAAGACAGAUUUGUUAGUUCUUUUGGCAGUCCAUAGUAUAUUCAAUAUUCUUCGCCAACACCGUGAUUCAAAGGCAUCGAUUCUUCUUCGGUCUUCCUUAUUCAUUGUCCAGCUUUUAUGUGCAUAUGUGGUGAUUGAAAACACCAUGGCUUGGGUCGGGCAUACUUUAGUCUUCAAGGUGACAUCUUUGUUUUUUUUAAACACUUUAAAGAGAUCUUUAGCAGCAGAUUUACACAGUGCAAUGCAUCGUUUGAUUUCUUAACUGCUGCUUCCAUGAAUCUUGAUUGUGGAUCCAAGUAAAAUGAAAUCCUUGAAAAUUUCAAUCUUUUCUCCUUUUAUCAUGAUAUUGCUUAUUGGUCCAGUUGUGAGGAUUUUUGUUUUCUCUACGUUGAGGUGUAAUCCAUACUGAAGGCUGCAGUCUUUGAUCUUCAUCAGUAAGUACUUCAAGUCCUCUUCACUUUCAGGAAGCAAGGUUGUGUCAUCUGCAUAAUGCAGGUUGUUAAUGAAUCUUUCUCCAAUCGUGAUGCCAUGUUCUUCUUCGUAGAGUCCAGCUUCUCAAAUUAUUUGCUCAGCAUACAGAUUGAAUAGGUAUGGUGAAAGGAUACGACCUGGACGCACACCUUUCCUGACUUUAAACCACACAGUAUCCCCUUGUUCUUUUCCAACGACUGCCUCUUUGUCUAUGUACAGGUUCCCCAGGAGCACAAUUAAGUAUUCUGGAAUUCCCAUUCUUUAUGAUGUUAUCCAGAAUUUGUCAUGAUCCACACAGUCGAAUGCCUUUGUGUAAACAUCUUUCUGGUAUUCUCUGCUUUCAGCCAGGAUCCAUCUGACAUCAGCAAUGAUAUCGGUUCCAUGUCUUCUGAAUCUGGCUUGAAUUUCUGGAAGUUCCCUGUCCAUGUACUGCUGCGGCCGCUUUUGAAUGAUCUUCAGCAAAAUUUUACUUGUGUGUGAUAUUAAUGAUAUUGUUUGAUGAUUUCCUCAUUCUGUUAGAUCACCUUUCUUUGAAUAGGCAUAAGCAUGGAUCUCUUCCAGUCACAUGGCCAGGUAGCUGUCUUCCAAAUUUCUUUGCAUAGACAAGUGAGCACUUCCAGCGCUGCAUCUGUUUGUUGGAACAUCUCAGUUGAUAUUCCAUCAAUUCCUAGCACCUUGUUUUUUGCCAAUGCCUUCAGUGCAGCUUGAACUUCUUCCUUAAGUACCAUCGGUUCCUGACAACUAUAGUAAUCUUAUUUAAUAUGUCCCAAAGACAUCUUCAUUAGAACACAAGAUUCCCUUAUGAUCCUCACUUCCUGGAAACAAGUCCUGAAUCUAGGCACAUUUGAGAAUAGACUCUUUUUUUUUUUAAUUAAUUUUUAUUAAGCUUCAAGUGAACAUUUACCAUUCCAAUCAGUCUGUCACAUGUAGGUUUACAUACAUCUUACUCCCUUCUCCCACUUGCUCUCCCCCUAUUGAGUCAGCCCUUUCAGUCUCUCGUUUCGUGCCAAUUUUGCCUUCUUCCCUCUCUAUCUUCCCAUCCCCCCUCCAGUCAAGAGUUGCCUACACACUCUCCAGUGUCCACCUAAUUAGCUCACUCUUCAUCAGCAUCUCUCUCCCCCCAACUGACCAGUCCUUUUCAUGCCUGAUGAGUUGUCUUCGGGGAUGGUUCCUGUCCUGUGCCAUCAGAAGUUCUGGGGAGCAUUGUCUCUGGGAUUCCUCUAGUCGCAGUCAUACCAUUAAAAAAAAAAAACAAAACAUUAGGUAUGGUCUUUUUAUGAGAAUUUGGUCUCCUGCUCCCUCAGGAGUUGUCUGUUGUGCUCCCUGACAGGGCAGACAUCGAUUGUGGCCGGGUACCAACUAGUUCUUCUGGUCUCAGGAUAAUGUAGGUCUCUGGUUCAUGUGGCCCUUUCUGUCUCUUGAGUUCUUAGUUGUCGUGUGACCUUGGUAUUCUUCCUUUGCCUUUGCUCCAGGUGGGUUGAGACCAAUUGAUGUAUCUUAGAUGGCUGCUUGUUGGCAUUUAGGACCCCAGGCGCCACAAUUCAAAGUGGGAUGCAGAAUGUUUUCAUAAUAGAAUUAUUUUGCCCAUUGACUUAGAAGUCCCCUCAAACCAAGUUCCCCAGACCCCAGCCCCUGCUCCGCUGACCUUUGAAGCUUUCAUUUUAUCCUGGAAACCUCUUUGCUUUUAGUCCAGUCCAAUUAGGCUGACCUUCCUUGUAUUGAGUGUUGUCUUUCCCUUCACCCAAAGCAGUUCUUAUCUACUGAUUCAUCAGUAAAAAGCCCUCUCCCUCCCUCCCUCCCUCCCGCCUUUGUAACCACAAAAGUAUGUGUUCUUCUCCGUUUUUUCUAUUUCUCAAGAUCUUAUAAUAGUGGUCUUAUACAAUAUUUGUCCUUUUGCCUCUGACUCAUUUCGCUCAGCAUAAUGCCUUCCAGAUUCCUCCAUGUUAUGCAAUGUUUCAGAGAUUCGUCACUGUUCUUUAUCGAUGCGUAGUAUUCCAUCGUGUGAAUAUACCACAAUUUAAUUUACCCAUUCAUCCGUUGACGGACAUCUUGGUUGCUUCCAGCUUUUUGCUAUUGUAAACAGCGCUGCAAUAAACAUGGGUGUGCAUAUAUCUGUUUGUGUGAAGGCUCUUGUAUCUCUAGGGUAUAGAGAAUAGACUCUUUUUUUCCUCACUUAUCUCACUCCCUUGCACUUGGUGAACAAUUGUGGAACACCCCAUCACAUAAUCUUUCAUAUAAAUUAGGUUUCUGCCACUAUCAGAGAAUGGCGUGAUAAUUAAUUUUGAAAAUUUGCGUAAUGCAAACUCUACUUCCUCUCCUCCUCUCAAAACAGAGACCCAUGUAAGUGAAGUAAAGAAAUUAUUUCUGUGUUGGCAUUCUUCUCCUAGAAGGCUUAAGUAAUUAAUCACCCAUGACCAAAGAUUCUCACAUUUCAAAACAGAUCCUAUUGUAUUUCAGGUGGCUGGAAACCAAUCUGGAGUAAGUUUAAUAUGGCUUUAUUAUCAUUUGUUUCUUGCUUGAGUGAGUCAAUAUAAUAGAGGUGUAAACAUGAAGUAAUAACAUUGAAGGAAAGCUUGCAAAGAGGAUUUUAAAGAGGUACUUAGUGGGUGUUAAAAAGAAAGGAGGGAUAAGCAGAAAGGUCAUAACUAAAAUCUUUCCAGGCAAACCAUAUUGUAAGAUUAAAAACCACAUUACUGAAAUGUAGCCUGCAGCAUUCAGCCCACCCAUUUGGCAUUACACUGGUGAAAUAAGUGGUGUGAAUUGAUUUUAAUUCUAAUAUGCUUGGCAAAACUGAAUUGCACUGCAUUUCAGCUUUAUGGAUACAAAAUUGGGAUGCACUAUGUUAAUAAAACUGUGUUCUUAUUCUGCACUGUUUGCCAUUAAUUUCAAAGUACACUGAGCUCUUAUUACACUCACAAUAUCCAACAGCAUUUUACUCCAUAAGAAAAACAGACCUAUCCAGUAAGUACUACUAGUGUUCUCAUUUUAUAGGUGAGGAAGUGGAAGGUCAAAGAGAUUAAAUAGCUUGCUUAAGUGCUAGAGUCAGGGUUUAAAGUCAGCCCAUCUGGCUCUAGGACCUGUUCUAAGAAACUUAAUAUUAUAUUGCUUUCUGCAAAGGAAGAAUUGUUUCCAUUGCCUCUGACUUUUCACCCCUAACUUCGUUUAAGACUUGUGUUUCAGAACUUCCCACAUACAGGUAUACUGUUUUUGGAAGAUACACAGGUAUACUUAUAAAAAAAAAUUUUUUUUUUAAAUAGACUAUUUUUAGGGCAGUUUGAGGUUUACUGAAAAAUUGAGCAGAAAGUACAGAGUUCUCAAAUAUUCUUCCUCCCCCUGCCCAGUUUCCACUAUUAUUAACAUCUUGCAAUGGUGUGAUAUAUUUGUUAGAAUUGAUAAACUGAUAUUGAUGAAUUAUCAUUAACUAAAGUCUGUAGUUGCCACUAGGGUUCACUCUUUGUGUUGAAUAGUUCUAUAGGUUUGUACAGUUCUUUGAUAAAUACAUAAUGUCAUGUAUUCACCAUUACAAUAUUGUAAAGAUUAGGUUCACUGCCCUAAAAAUUCCCUGUGCUCCACCUAUUCCUCCCGCCCUUUCCCACCACCAUACCUAACCCCUGGCAACCACAUAGUUUUGCUUUUCCAAAAUGUUGGAGUCCUACAGUAUGUAGCCUUUUCAGACUGGCUUCUUUCACUUAGCAAUAUGCAUUUAAGGUUCCUUCAUGUCUUUUUGUGGAUUAAUAAUUCAUUUCUUUUUACUGCUGAGUAAUACUCCGUCAUAUGGGUAUACCACAGCUUAUUUAUCCAUUCACCUAUGGAAGGACAUGUUGGUUGCUUUAAAUUUUUGGCAGUUAUGAAUAGAGAUGCUAUAAACAUUCACAUGAAAGUUUUUGUGUGGACAUAAGUUUUCAACUGAUUUGAGUAAAUACCUAGGAGUGUAAUUACUAGAUCAUAUGGUAAGACUAUGUUGAGCUUUGUAAGAAACUGCCAAACUGUCUUCCAAAGUGGCUGUACCAUUUUGUAUUCCCACCAGCCAUGAAUGAGAGUUCCUGUUGCUCCACAUCCUCACCAGCAUUUGGUGCUGUCAGUGUUUCAGAUUGUAGCCAUUCUAAUGUGUGUAGUUGUAUCUCACUGCUGUUUUAAUUUGUAAUUUUCUAAUGGCAUAUGAUGUUGAGCAUCUUUUCAUAUGCUUAUUUGCCAUCUGUAUAUCAUCUCUGGUGAAAUGUCUAUUCAGAAAUUUUGCCCACUUUUCAAUUGGGUUUGUUUUCUUAUUGUUGAGUAUUAAGGGUUCUCUGUAUAUUUUGGAUACAAGCCCUUUAUCAGAUAUAUGUUUUGCAAAUAAAUUAUCUUCUCCUAGUC